AAAGGUGCUCAUAAAAAUCCAUCGGCCGUUCAUCCUUAUCGCCCCCACCAAGUUGGAAUAUUUACCGUUGUAUUUUAUUAAGUUACAAAAAUCGUGUAAAGAAAAUCAAUAUACGCCGAGUGGUAUAUUCCAACUACAUUAGAGGCCCUCAAUUGCGAAGUUGCUAUGGGAAUCAUGUUUUAUUCGCUUAAUCCGACGCCCAACGAGUUAUAUUGGUCAUCAAAUAUGCUCUGAGACCUUUUGAGUCUAGUUAUUAACAUAGUUACCUCUCAUUCAGCUUCCCUGAUAUAAUAAUGAAGACCAGUAAAGCUUCAGGACGAAGAGAUAGACCCAUUAAUAUUUAUCUCGAUUUGAGCAGAAUGGCGAGUCCAGUGAUGAUUAAAUAUCAUGCCCGUCUGUUUGUACGCACUCUCCCAGUUUUUGAGAUAUUUGCCCACUCACGAUCCAUCAGGAUACGUAAGGCCUCAUCGAGACGAGGUUUCAGAUAAGGUGAGUCCUUAUCGAGAAUCAAUAUCUUGCUAGCGAAAAUAAUAUGUGCCGCAGAGCUAAGUUACAAUCUUCUAUAAGAGUGUACAACUGAUGGCGUGCGCCGCUGAUGUUGAUACCAACCGCGCUAUUAGCUCUGCUUUCUCCAAACUGGAUAAAAAAGCGAAGCAUAUGGGUGUGGUGGUGAACGAGGACAAGAAGGAAACCAAACUCUGCUAGAUAUGGAUUGACAACAUCCGAUGAGUCGGCAUUAGAAGCUUUCGAGAGAAAGGUUUUUUUGUGUAUCGGCAACAGCGGAACGAUACGCUUUACGAGAUAUACGGCGACGUUGGGAAAUUGCUGGCUAGGCCAUGUAGUUUGGAUGGAUGAGCUUUGAAAGUUUUCAAAGAAGGGGAAGACCUUCACUCCAUUGAAAAGAUAAAUUCAGGAAAAACCUGACAGCUUUUGAUAUUUCUAAUGGGCACCAAACAGCAAAGCGUUGCCCACGCCAGUGAAGAGGAAGAAGAGAAGUGCUUCAGCACUUAUCUACCCUCGAACGCUGCACGUCUGUUGUUCUUCUAAAUUUAUAUAAACCGAAACAAGUAAGAAGUGUGCCAUAAAUGUUUCGACGCGUCCUUUCGUACAGCAUCAUUGGUGCCGGUGUCGUCAGCACCGGUCUCAGUCUACACACAAACGACUACGAUGUCAAUUCGCUGGGUAUUGUGCGACUCAGCCGUUCGGCAGUCACUGUUUUCGACGUGGCGCUCACAUACAAACGUGAAUUAUACUAUCGUGAGUGGGACAAAAGUACGCCGGAAUACAAGGCGGAAAGGAGUCGUGUACACAAAAUAGCUGCACAAAAACUGCUUGACCUCAUCUGCGUCAAUAAGGGGGUCUACAUAAAAACCGGCCAACAUAUUGGCGCACUGGAAUAUUUACUGCCCAAAGAAUUUGUACAAACUAUGAAAGUGCUGCACUCUAAUGCGCCACAAAAUCCAGUGGGAGAUCUAUAUAAGGUCAUAAAGCAGGAUCUAAAACGAAAUCCUGAGGAUAUAUUUGAGACAUUUGAACCAAAACCGCUUGGUACUGCGUCGUUGGCGCAAGUGCACAAAGCUACACUAAAGACCGGUGAAGUGGUCGCUGUAAAAGUACAACAUCCCUAUGUCAAGGGUAACUCACGUGUCGAUAUGAAGACGAUGGAGAUUCUAGUGAAACUGAUGGCACUCGUAUUUCCCGAUUUCAAAGUGCAAUGGUUGGUUGAAGAGUCGAAGAAAAACCUGCCUAUCGAACUAGAUUUUCUGAACGAGGGUAGAAAUGCGGAGAAAGUAGCGAGACAAUUUCAAAAAUAUUCAUGGCUGCGCGUGCCAAAGAUUUAUUGGGAACUCAGUUCACCGCGUGUACUUGUAAUGGAGUAUCUUGAAGGUGGGCAAGUCAACGAUCUCGAUUAUAUUAAAAAGCACAAAAUUGAUCCCUUCACGGUGUCGAAUAAAAUUGGACUACUGUAUUCCGAAAUGAUUUUCACAACCGGUUUUGUGCACAGCGAUCCACAUCCGGGCAAUAUACUGGUGCACAAGAGCCCGAAGGGGCAAGUCGAAAUCGUAUUAUUAGAUCAUGGCCUCUAUGCGAAUCUAACAGACAAAUUCCGCUAUGAAUACUCCAAACUGUGGCUCAGCAUACUAAAUGUGGAUCGCCAAGCAAUGCGCUUGCAUAGUCAGAAUUUGGGUAUUAAAGGCGAUUUAUAUGGAUUGUUUGCUUGCAUGGUGACGGGUCGACCAUGGGAAACGCUCAUACAAGGCAUCAACAAAGUCAAGUACUCCAAAGAGGAGAAAGCUACGCUACAGAACAAUACCUCACUUGUGUUGCCACACAUUUCCGAUGUGCUGGAGCAGGUUGAUCGUCAAAUGUUGCUCAUUCUCAAAACCAACGACCUGAUACGCGGCAUCGAGGCUACGCUACGCACGCAAAACCGCAUGACUGCCUUCUGGGUUAUGUCCAAGUGUUGUGUGCAUUCAACGUUCAGCGAACAAAAAUCAUUGAGCAGUGCUACCCGUUGGACUGCACUGAGACUGGCGGUGCGUGAAAGAUGGGAAAUAUUCAAGUUGAAUAUUUAUUAUGUGUAUUUGGGUUUCAUCAAUUUCGGGUUCUUGGCGGCUUUGAAACAGCUUUUAUAGAAUUAAUAGACAAAUUUGGUGUACGCUAAUUUUUUAAUUCUAAUUCCUAGUUAAUUAUUGUUGUGUGUAUGUGUUGACUGCUAAUUUAUAUUUAGAAUUGAGAAUCAGCCAUUAUUAACAGAUUAACUGCAACGUACAAACAAAUUUAGGUUAAUGCAAUAACAUAAGUAAACGUCCAGUGAAUAAUUUAAUGUAAAAUUCUAAAACAUGAAAUAAAAAUAUUGUAUGUUUGUAA